UUUUUGGCUGGGGAAUUUAAGCAGAGGGUAGGGAAACAAGGAGGUUACUAUUUGCCGGGCGUACGCAUGUGGUAGUGGAUCGUGUGGCCUCAUCAAGAGAUCGACUGUAGGGGUCAAAAGCGUCAUGUGAUUUUCUGAAUUCGAUGUCCAAACGUAGAAGGGUCGCAUUUCCUUUGCCCGUCCAAAUAGUCAAGUAUUUCCGUUGGAAGGGUCUCAAAUCUGACUUGGAAAAGGUUGUUUUUGACGAUCAAGAGACCCAGGACGUUUGGAAGAAGCUGGACGAAAGGGAGGAAAUGCGGUCACCAGGCGGAGCGCAGUGCGUGUCCACAUCCGACUCCGAGCAGGAGAAGAUCAUGGUCAGAUUGUGGAGCAGUAUGGAGAAAAUUAAGUCUAGGAAGGUGUCUAAUAGGUCGCCCAAGAAAGAACAACCCGCUUUUAGUUCAGGCACAAGCGAUUCCGAAUCGGACUCAGACUCAGGAGAUGAAAGUGCACGAAUCGCUCCAAAUGCUUCGGAUCCAGAUGCCAAGAACAUACAAGACGCUCUGGACAGUCCAGACAGUUCAAAUGCUCAUGACAGUCCAGGCGCUAAUGAUAGUCCAGAUGCUCAGGACAGUCCGGAUGCUAACGACAGUCCAGACACUCAUGACAGUCCGGAUAGUCCAAAUGCUCUGGACAUUCCAGAUGCUCAUGACAGUUCGGACAGUCCAGAUGCUCCAGACAUUCCAGACGCUCAUGACAGUCCGGACAGUCCAGAUGCUCCAGACAUUCCAGAAGCUCAUGACAGUCCGGACAGUCCAGAUGCUCCAGACACUCCUGACAGUCCGGACAGUCCAGAUGCUCCGGAUAUUCCAGACACUCAUGACAGUUCGGACAGAGAAGUCCAACACGAUCUGAAAAUGUCAGAAGAGACAAUUAUCAAUUUCAAUAAAAGUCCAAAGAAAAAAGACUCUAGGAUUCACCCGCAUUCCUUAUCUCCCGAUCCUUCAGUCUCUAUCGGUCAACAGUCGAGUUUGGAAUCUGUGAAACCCAACGUUACGCCUGCCGUUAGAAAAAAGACCAUAAAAGAUUUUUUGACUGCCCGUACGAGCGAGACACCUGCAAAAUCCACUCCUCAGACAAUGUCGAAGCCGAUAAGUGCGAGGGAAUUUACGACGAGCACGCCUAUAGAAAAUUCGUCUGACAAACGUCUGCAAGGAUCAAAGGCCAAGUCGAAGUCUCUCAGUAUAAAAGAUUUCAUGAUAAGCAAUCCACCUUGUGAUGAGUCAACAGUGCAAAACCUUAAAACGACCGUGCUCACGCCGAACACGACAAUUCAAGAUGAAGACGACAUCACUGAAAAUAUGAUCAAUAUAAAAGAAAUAGUGAAGUAUGAAGAUGAUGUUGAUAGUCAGCUUUUUAUAGAAGAUAUCAAUGCCGAAGAUGAAAUAUUUAUUAUCCAGUGUCCCAAAGAGCUGCAAAUUUCGGAUUUGGAAGGUCAGAAGGUGUCUCUCGAGGGCGAAUCGAUGAUACGGAUUAAGGGAGAACCUGGCUACGAAUGUUUCUGUGAGAAAGAAAACAUCGGCAGGUCGUUAGACAUCGUUUUGCCAUCCAGGCUUGGACGUUCGUUCGCCCUUGGGACGUUCCAGUUGGCCGGGAGCAUCGUACUCACGAAGGCAAUGGACAUGCUCGAUGUCGAUGAUUUGGACAUCACCCUGUCCGAAAGGAUCCCGCUCCCGGAUGCAGUGAUAAACAAAAAUUUGCCAGUUUCGCCAUUGAAGGAAAAUCAACUAGAUCUGAUUGGCAAGUCAGCGGAAAAAAAGAAGAAGAAAAAGAAAAUUAAAGAAGAAAAUGUUUCCUUUGAAUCUGAUAGCCACGCCAUUAAGGAAGAAAUAAAGUCUGAUGAAAAUUAUGUAAAUUUGAAGAAGCGAAAACGCCAAUGGUCAGAAUGUUUACAUGACAGCCUCAAAUCUCCACUGAUUUUGGAAAAUGUUAAGACCGAAGUUGAAUCUUCCGAGGCGAAGGCGAAAAAGAAAAAACACAGGUAUACUGAGGGACCGAUCAUCACGACGAUUGUCGAUGAUUCAGUCAGGAAAAAGAAAAAACACAGGCAUACCGAGGGACCGGGUGAACCGGUUGUCAUGAUGAUUGACGACGAUUCAGUCAGGGAAAAGAAAAAGCACAGGCAUACCGAGGAACUGGGUGAAUCUGUCGUCAUGAUUGACGACGAUGAUUCAGUCAGGAAAAAGAAAAAACACAGGCAUACCAAGGAACUGGGUGAACCUGUCGUUAUGAUUGAUGACGACGAUUCAGUCAGGAAAAAGAAAAAACACAGGCAUACUGAGGAACUGGGUGAACCUGUCGUUAUGAUUGACGACGACAAUUCAGUCAGGAAAAAGAAAAAACACAAACAUUCCGUAGAUUCGGAUUUGUCAGAAUCUAUCCUCCAAUUCAGCCCGUUGCAUUCGAAGCACAAGCACAAAAAACAAAAACACUCACUCGAAGAUGACAGAAUGGUAACAUAUGAGGAAGGGAUCAACCUUUCAACUUUCCAUGAGGAAAUUUCACCCACGCCUAAGAAGAAAAAGAAAAAGCAUAAAAUGGAAGAUUCUUUGGAUUUCGAGCGUGAAAAAAUUCUGACGGAAUUAAUUGAAAGCCAACUAAUUAGCAAGGGGAAGAAAAAGAAAAAGAAGACCAAGGACGAACUAAACAAUACGUAGAUAGCGAUCGGGUUGUUGGCACCCCUGAGAUUCAAAUAGCCAGCUAUUAUAUCGCUCGGGAGGGAUCGUAUCGUGGCAAACUCCUCUGCGUUCGAG